AUGAAAUCACUGCCGCAGAAGGAUGACCAAACCAUCCUUACACGCUACUCACAGUCCUCGAAUACUGCUAAUGAAUGCUCAGAACAGAUUCCAGUUGAUCUCAUUGUCGAGAUACUCUUGAGAUUACCGGCUAAAUCUGUAGCGAGAUAUCGUUGCCUAUCGAAGCUAUGGUCUUCCAUAAUUGACCAAAUAUAUUUCACUGACUCCUUCUUGACAAGAUCGUCUGCUCGACCGCAGCUCUUGUUCGUCUGUGUAAGAGAGGCCAAGGUUUUCUUCUUUUCCUCACCUCAGGCUCAAAAUCCGGAUGAGACCUCGAACGGGUCUUCAAUAACCGCCAAUUAUCAGAUGAAUGUGCCCUAUAAAGGUAUGUUGUGUCGUAGUCAUAUCAGUGGUUUGGUCUCUAUUAGACAAUUUGGAGUCUUAAAAGGAAGUGGUUCUUCCGAGAUCGAGUGGGUGAUAUGUAAACCUAGCACUGGACAAUCUUUAUCGUUACCAAGAAUGAAGAGCUGGAAAGGAAUUGGGCGAUGA